AUGCCCGCUUUAUUGCGCAAAUUGGCCAUCGUCGCCGCAGUUGACGGCCUGAUCCUACAUGCUCAAGCCACCGGACCACGACAUAAUGGUAGUAACAAUGAGGCUUCCUCCAUACGCAUUGACUAUAAGACGAACAAAAUCACUGCGUUGCCCACUUCUGCCUCGGAGCCCCUCGAUGGAAAGGACGCCCUAGAGGCCUACGGUCUCGUAGGUCUCUUAUCUGUCGCUUCAUACUCAUUCCUCGUUUCCAUUACACAGCGCGAGCAAGUAGCGCAGAUCCAAGGCGGCCCGAUCUACACUAUAACGAACGUCGCAAUCAUUCCGAUCUCAUCCCAAGCAGAUGCUUCCCGCGCAAUCACACAAGCCAGGAAAGAGUCCUCGCAGGAGGAAGUUACCAUUGAAUCCUCCUCUGAUGAAGAUGACCUCCCCGAUAACGAAACCGACAGAGCCGAGGCGGAGGCGGAGAUCGGCAGCCUGCCCGCAUCACCUACUCGCGAUACAUCUCAUGCCCGCGGCACCAGUGCUGGCAGUAUCGCAGAAGACGUCAUCGCGAAGAAAGUCCGUUUUGGCAGAUUUGCGGCCAAUUGGUUGUCGCGCAAAAACCUGGGCUUGCCCAGGCCUGGUGCUCUAGAGCAGGAUGUGAUAGAGUCUCCCUUUGACGAAGCUUCUAGCUUUUCGGGUGAGACCAGUGAGGUAAAGCAUGACGCUGUGAAUGAAGCUGUGUCUGAAGAGGCUGGGGUUCAGAGCGAGCCUAAUCGGCCUAGCCAGGCUGCGGAGUUGUUGCCGAAACUGCUUCGUUAUACGAAACUAUUGUUUGCAUCGCAUAACUUUUUCUUUGCAUAUGAUUAUGACCUUACGCGCUCUUUACAUACGCAGGAAGCUCGGAAAGAUCAGCUUCCCCUUCACAAAGUUGUGGAUCCAUUGUAUUUUUGGAAUAGACAUUUGAUGGACACAUUAAUUGAUAAUGGGGCUCAUGGCUUUGUUCUGCCGUUGAUUCAAGGUUUUGUCGGCCAACGAGAAUUCACAAUCGCUGGUGCUGAAAGGAAACAAUCUUCGAAGGACUCAGUGGAACUUGCGGAAGGCCGAAUCCUCGGUGAAAAAAACGAGGCCGAAGCUGUCGAGACUAAUGUCAGCAAACGUGAUUAUCUUUUGACUCUCAUUUCUCGACGCUCUGUCAAAAGACCAGGUCUUCGUUACCUGCGUCGUGGUGUCGAUGAUGAGGGCAACACAGCGAACACAGUCGAAACCGAGCAGAUUCUCUCGGUUCCGGGUUGGUCUCCGUCUCAUCCUGCCUACUCAUAUUUGCAAGUCCGGGGUUCCAUUCCUCUUUAUUUCUCUCAGUCGCCAUAUGCCUUGAAGCCAAUCCCAGUGCUCCAUCACUCUGCGGACACGAAUCUCCUUGCCUUCGGUAGACACUUCCGAGAGUUCAGUCGGCGGUAUGGAAAUGUUCAGGCUGUCUCUCUUAUUGACAAGCUGGCAGGUGAAUUGAAGCUGGGAGAGCAAUAUGAGAGAUAUACCCAAUCCUUUAAUGCUGCCGGUGGGAUCGAUGGUAAGCCAUUGCAACUUGAAUGGUUUGACUUUCAUCGCGAGUGUCGGGGCAUGAAGUUUGAAAAUGUAUCUCGUCUGGUCGACCGACUGAAAGAUACAUUGAAUGAGUUCUGCUACACCAUCGUUGCAGACAACGAUAUCCUGCAGACCCAAAAGGGCAUCAUCAGAACCAAUUGCAUGGAUUGUCUCGACCGCACUGGUGUUGCCCAGUGUGCAUUCGGCCAAUGGGCCCUCGAGCGUCAGCUGGAACAUGAAGGCAUUGACAUUGAUCUUGGUGGUGACUCUUCCACCCAGUGGUUCAAUACACUCUGGGCGGACAACGGCGAUGCCAUCUCCAAGCAGUAUUCAUCAACCGCAGCCCUGAAGGGGGACUACACCCGUACACGCAAGCGAGACUACAGAGGUGCCCUCAACGACUUUGGACUGACACUCUCGCGCUACUACAACAACAUCGUAAACGACUUCUUCUCUCAAGCCUGUAUCGACUACCUCCUAGGAAACGUCUCAACUCAAGUCUUCGACGAGUUCGCCAUCCAGCUCCAAACCACCGACCCAGGAAUCUCAGUCCAAAAACUCCGCCAGAACGCUAUUGAUACAAGCUGCAAUAUCGUUAUCAGUAGCCCCUCUGAAGAAUUCCUAGGCGGCUGGACCAUGCUGACACCCCGCCAACCCAACACCCUACGCACCCUACCCUUUGAGGAAACAGUCCUACUUCUUACGGACGCCGCAGUGUACAGCUGUCGCUUCGACUGGGAGACCGACAAAGUCCUGUCCUUUGAGCGCAUCGAUCUCCGCUCCAUCUCGCGCAUCCACUACGGUACAUACAUCACAUCCAUAUUGACAGAUAGCCAAGCCGACGAGUCGACCAACGUCGGUCUCGUCAUAGUCUACCGCGACGGUGACACACACACCCUCCGCGUGAAUACCCGAUCCCUGCAGAGCGAUGUCGAUCUCAGCACACUCGAGACUACCGCCAGCGCCAACAGUGAAUGGGACCUCGUUUCCUGGCUGCGGGGUAGCAAGCGGGCGACGACGCGGUUUGUCGCGUUUAAGGGUAUCCCGCUGUCGAAUCCGGUUGCUAGUCCCCGGCCUGGGGGUGCUGCGACUGUUCGGGAGAUGGAUCGCAUUCGAUCGGUGUGUUUGGAUAUCGAGCGGGCCAUGCUCGCGGGUCAGGGAAGUAAUGUUGAGGCGGUCUCUGCGGUUGAACAGUCUGAUAUCAUCUCUUUGGCGGAUGCUAAGAAGAGGACGGGGUGGUUGGAAUAUCUUGUUUAUGAUCUUAAGAAGAUGGUUUGGGCGUGA